AUGGUGGCCGCCGGGCUCCCGGCGUGGUUGUUCCUGCAGCCGGGGGCCAGGACCUUGCGUGCCUUUUCUACCGCGGUGUCUCGGACCACUCGAACACAGAGCUCAAGCUCGCGUACAACAGAAAGCAUUAAAACAUACAGAAAUGAAAGGCUGAUGAGAAGAAAGGCACUGUCUCCUAGGACAGAGAAAAUGAUUGUUGACCAAGACUGGCCUAGUGUUUACCCUGUUGCAGCACCAUUUAAACCCUCUGCAGUACCUCUUCCUGUUCGAAUGGGUUAUCCAGUAAAGAGGGGAGUGCCCAUGGCAAAGGAGGGAAAUCUAGAACUUUUAAAGAUCCCCAAUUUUCUGCAUUUGACCCCUGUAGCAAUUAAAAAACACUGUGAAGCUCUUAAAGAUUUCUGCACUGAGUGGCCAACUGCACUAGACAGUGAUGAGAAAUGUGAGAAGCAUUUUCCAAUUGAAAUAGACACAGCUGAUUAUAUUUCAGCAGGACCAUCUGUUAGAAAUCCUAAAGCACGAGUAGUAACAUUAAGGAAAACUGAAGAAUGGGAGAAAUAUAAGACUGAAGCAGACAUGGAGGAGUAUGUUUGGAAAAAUAGCUCCUCAGAAAAAAAUAUCCUAGAAACACUUCUCCAAAUUAAAGCUGCUGAGAAAAAUACAGAAGUGAAUAAAGAAGAGCUCCUUGGUACUGAAGAAAUUGAAGAUUACAGAAAGUCUGUUACUAGUCUUAAGAAUGAGGGGGAAAAUGAAAAUACCAUUUCUCAGUACAAAGAAUCAGUCAAGAGGUUAUUGAAUUUGACAUGA